CUAUUAAUAUAACCGAGUAUAUAAAAGAGUAAAAAAACAGUACACUGUUUAUCCGUUGAAUUGGUAUACAGGGUUAAAGGUGACUUGAACUUCUUUAUGUAUAUCAGGAGAUCGAGGAGCACCUGCCGCAUUACAUCUAGUCCUCAUGCAGAUCGGGUUAGAAGGACCAGACAAGAACAUAUAUGUUCAUGUACAUAUAUACACUGUUAGAUAAACAUGUGCAUGAAUAACUGCAUGAAUGAGAUGAUGAGAUGUCAGAGUUUGGCCAUGCUGCCCGCUGCCGCUCUACGUGGAAGGCCGUGCGCACACGGUAACCGGUAGGUGUCGCUGCGCGCGCGGUCAGCAGGUCGCUACAGUCAGCACCGAGAGCAGCUCCAACCGGAACGUCCGAUACAAACCGCGGCACGUGCGGAGUCAAAAGAGAGCGAGCGAGAGAGAGAGAGAGAGAGAGAGAGAGAGAGAGAGAGAAGAGGAAGAAGAAGAAGAAGAGGCGAAGACGAGUCCACCAUAACUCAAGGUAGCGAUCAGCAGAGGACUGUUUUUUGGAUAUCUGUGGAUGAGGAAAUCCUGCAGAGAGAAAACUCAGCCGAGCGGUCCAUCAGACAUGACUCCGAGGUGGUGGACUGAAGACAAUGCUGGAUGCCAUGGAAGUCCCAAGUCAUGCUAGGCACCUCCUCUUGCAACUGAACACGCAACGCACCAAAGGCUUCUUGUGUGAUGUCAUCAUAGUGGUGCAAAAUGCUCUAUUUCGUGCUCAUAAGAACAUUCUGGCUGCCAGCAGCCUCUACCUUAAAUCCCUUGUUGUCCACGACAACCUCAUCAACCUGGACCAUGAGAUGGUGAGUCCAGGUGUUUUCAGAGUCAUCCUUGACUAUAUAUACACAGGACGUUUAGCUGAAGGUGACCCCACCUCUCCCACAGAGCCCAACAUAGGUGCAGUGCUAGCAGCUGCUAGUUAUUUGCAGCUGUUGGACUUGGUAGCCUUGUGCAAAAAAAAGCUAAAAAGAAAUGGGAAAUACCACUUACGACCCACAUCUGGGUUUCUGCCUUACAAUAAAAUGAGCCCAAGUGGCAUGUUGGGGGGAAGGCUGCGAGUGUCCACUCCAGUAAUACAGCCCUGCUUUCCUGGUGGGGUGAUGAGCACACCUCGAGGCCCUUCAUUGGAAGAUAUACCACCACACUCCCUGGCCCCCCAUGUAGGAGAGAUUUAUGCACCAAUCCCUACACAGGGCCAACAGCCCUACCCUCAUACUCAAGCAACCCUGCCUCCACAGCCAGGUCUACGUUUGCCUUCUGCUGACAGGAACUGCUCACCCAUAUAUGGCCUAGACCUGUCCAAGAAGAGCCCCAGCUCCCAGCAACAUUCUACACAUCCUCAUCUGAGUCACCCUAAUGAGGAGCCAGAGGGGGAACUGAGUCACCGCACAAGCCCUCUGCUUAGCCCUUCUGAUGGACCCGGGAAAAUGGAAGCUGCGCACCACACUGGCUCUCUCACUCCACGGUCUUUUCCCCUCCUCAACCCACUGCCCCAACUCCCUCGUUUUCAGCGUUCAAGUUCACAGGGCCAGGAGGCUUACCCCUGCCCACCAAGCCCAGAGCCCUCUGAAGAACCAGGAGAUCGCAGCAGGGAUGGAUCCAACAUUUACCGCUGGGUCAAGAAUGAGCCCAUGACCUACAGUGUGGAGGACGAAGAUGAGGAUGAUGAGGAAGAUGAUAGUGGGGGCAUGGGUGAGCAGGAUAAAGAGACACACCACCAACAUAUGAAUCACCACAAAAACAAUGAGGAGAAGUUGAACCUGAGUGAGGGAGGCUAUGACAGGCCAGCAUGUGAUGGAGAAGAUGAAAAUGGGACAGGCAGUGAAGAAACAGGCAGCAGCGAAGGCCGGCCAUCACCCCCUGGUCCCCGUGGAAGGUAUCAUAUGCCCUAUGAGCCAGAAAGUUUUGGAGAUAACCUUUAUGUAUGCAUCCCAUGUGGAAAAGGGUUCCCCAGCUCUGAGCAACUCAAUGCUCAUGUAGAAACCCAUGCAGAAGAGGAUCUCAACCAUGUGGGAGAGCUAGAAAACCCAAACAGCAAUGGCACUGACAAACCCGCCAUCACCAAUGGACCCACAAACCUAAACAGCACCGGAAGCCUUCACAGCUCCUACUUAGACAGUAAAUCAGGGCAGAACCUACAUCCAGUGGGCAUUGGGGAAAUGAUUCGGCCAUAUCGCUGUGCCUCCUGUGACAAAACCUACAAAGAUCCAGCCACCCUAAGACAGCAUGAGAAGACCCACUGGCUGACCCGCCCUUACCCCUGCAGCAUCUGUGGCAAAAAAUUCACCCAGCGUGGCACAAUGACUCGCCACAUGCGUAGUCACCUGGGCUUGAAGCCUUUUGCCUGUGAUGCCUGUGGCAUGCGUUUCACAAGGCAGUACAGGCUCACUGAGCAUAUGCGCAUUCACUCCGGUGAAAAGCCAUACGAGUGCCAGGUGUGUGGUGGCAAAUUUGCCCAGCAGCGAAACCUCAUUAGUCACAUGAAAAUGCACAGCAGUGGAGGAAAUGGUGGGGGAUUUAUAUCUGAUGGCAAGCUGAAGAUGGACUUCUCUGAGGGUAUCUUUCCCCUUAGUAAGUAUGCAGCAGAACAUCUUGGCCUGAAACAGGAGAAGGCCUCAGAGCUUCUUGCACAGGCCUCUCAGCAGUUGCUGGCUGAUGCCAAGGCCAUAGAGAGCCUUUAUCCACUGUCCAAACUGACUGCAGAGCACCUAGGCCUCACUCAUGAUAAGAUGGAUGUCCUGUCAGUUCCACCUGCCUCUCAACAUCUCCCUGCAGAGGCACGCACCAUUGAUCGCUACUCCCCCAGCUAGAAAGGAGACCACCAACUUUGUCUUCCAUCAGCAGAGCUCAGAUGCUCAGCUAUGACACAUAACCAAAUGCCUGAAUGCUGCCCACAUUAUAUUAACUCUCACCUCAUUUUUAGUGAACCUGCACCUCAGACACAGGAGGAAAGAGACCUUUAGCCAGAAAAAUGCACACAGGUGCACUGUCUGUCCUAAGUGCCUUUCUCUACAGAUUUAGCAGUAUAGCCAUUUAAAAAAAAAGUAAAACUGUGUUAUUUAUAAUUUGUUCCAACCAAGGACACACUCACGUAACAGUGCAGUAUUUAUAUGAAAGAAAUCUUUUUUUAUUCAUCUUCCGAGCCAACCAGUCCAUUGAAAACCAAAAAAAGAGAUUUUUAUUUAUUUGUUUUUGUAUGUAAGUAAAACCCAAAGAAAAUUUCAAAAGAGUGUUGCAAUUAUACCCUUAACCUGUGUAAUAAGUGUGACUAGUGUAUAUAGCAUGCAUAACAAAGCACAUAUGAACGAUCUUAAGAGCUUCUGACCUGGACGGAAAAGGGAUUUAGGGCAAAAGGGAAAGUAGCAUCUUUGGAAUUUUAAGACAAUUGGAGAGCAUUGGAAUAUUGGAUCUCUCCUGUAAAUCAGUUUCCUACUUUUCUGAGUGGCCCAGCAUUCCUAUAAAAAAGGGAGCAACUAUGUGAAGUAAUUGCUUCCGCACUUCGGCAAAGUGACUUAAACUUAUCUAUGCAUUGAUAUAGUCCUGUUCUGCAGAGAGAAUAUCCAGAGUGUCAUAUAUAGUUUUAACUAUUUUUGCAUAAUUUACCCCACCCCCUUACAAGUGCCUUCGUACUGGUUGUUUAAAGAAGAAAAAGCAAAUCCAUUUGAGUGCACCACUGACAUAUUAUUGUGCAUAAUCCAAUCAUGCCAGUAAUCCGUGGUGGUAAAUUUAUGUCCAUCUAGUGAGAUAGACUAAGCAUGGGUGUUGCCUUUAAAAUCGGGUAAUAUUUACAAUGCAGCGAUGCAGACCAAACAUUCUUCAGGGGAACACAGUGAACCCAUUAGAAAGCCUUCAAGCCUCGACAACACUGAAAACCAAACAAAUAGCUAUCGAAACAAAAGCAUUUUUUUCUAGAUCCAGUGUAUAUAAACGCUAUCCAAGCAACCCAUGUUAUUUGAUAAAUAAUGAAUCUAAUAGCAUUUAAAGUAAACAUCCAUAAUCAGAGUAUACGUCACAGAGAGCUGCAUAGGCCCACUCAUGGUGUUGUUCCUUUCAGGUUAAUAUGUGAAGCUGUUAAUGUGACAGCCACGAAGAUUAGACAUAGGGCACUGAUAGCACGGAUAAAUCUCAGCACUCUCACUGCAGCUGUUCCACUCAGGAUAAGCCCUGUGAAAUCCCCAAUUCUCUCAGACUGUUCGCACUGACUGUCAGCCUGAUCCCAGAUUUCAUGGCUGCUACGCAGUCUUGUGAUGUACACACUGCCUGGAUCACCCCGAACGCAUGCCCAACGACCACCUGCCUGUAAAAUAUAGACAGCACACCCAAUUUUGUGUCUUUAAAGACAUAUGAUGUCUUAAUAUGUCACAUAUCAAUAUUUUAUUUUUAUGCACCUGUACCUUAUUUUUAUAUUCGAAUAAUACUGGGAAGGUCCACUUUUUUUUUUUUUUUUUUUUUUUUAAGAGGGGAGUUUGUUGACCACUAUUGACAUUUACAACCUCAAAAGGUAAAUGUGAAGACUUACUUAAGCCAUAAAUGCACUGUGAUAGGACUAAUAACCCUCCCAGCCUUAGUGAGUAUACUGAAUAUAUUACAGUGUUGUAGGUAAUUUCAGUACACUGCCUUCUAGAAACUUUACUGUAGCAUGUCGUUAUGUUGAUGUUUCUUUUGGUCACAUUUGUUCGAUUGACUCUUAAACCAAAGAGAAGUGAAACUGGUGCUUAACUCAGGACCUGACCCAUCGCAGUAUGGGAGACAAAGUUAGGUAAUAGCUAAGCAGGUGCCCACACACACACUUACUUACACACACACACACACACACACACACACACACACACACACACACACACAAACAGAAAUCCCCUGUUAAGGCAGAGAUGUCCUCUUCAAAACGGUGGUUAUUUCAAGAAUAUCAGAAUGUGUUCAUGUUGUUUAAUCUAUAAUUGUUAACAUUGUUUCUAAGUAGUUUACCUAACUGUCUUCAAUUCGUAUGUUUUUAACCGACAUUUCUGCAUGAGCACCUGUAAAUAGUCCUGUGUAUGCAGCACAACUCUGAACACACCCUAUUCCCCAGAGCAAUAUCCAUCCUUAGUGUGAAAUGCUAUGCUGUAUAUAAAAUGCUGUGUUUAUCAAUAAUUCGCUGCAGUGAUAAACACUGGGGUUGACUUGGUAAAGAAGAAGCAUAGUUUCUAAAGUUGACUGACCCAUGUACAGGGUGUGACUGAAGGAGCUUCAGCUGAAACCUUGGCAAUAAAGCAGGACUGGGUUCCCACUUA